AUGGGUGGACUGAUACUAGGCAUAGAACAUUUAUUGAUUUCCUUGUCUAUUGUCCUUAUUUUUAUACGUUCUGUUGAUGCUUCUGACUUGGUUAAGGAUGUUAUUAAUUUGAGUAACUUGUUUGAUGAAAUUGUUAAUUGGGUUGGUCCUGCAAAUAUAGUACAUUUGGUCACUAACAACGCUGCAAAUUAUGUAGCUGCUAGAAGAAUUUUGUGUGGAAAAUAUAGGAACAUUAGUUGGUCACCUUGUGUAGCACAUUGCCUAAACCUAAUUUUUAAGGAGAUUGGGAAGAUGGAUCAUGUAGAUAAAUUUGCAAAGCGUGCAUCCAAGAUCACAGUGUUCAUCAAUAACUAUGUGGCUUUGCAAGCUUGGUUGAGGACUAAAAAAAAUUGGACGGAAAUUGUGCGUCUAGGGCCAACUAGGUUUGCUACUAUUUUCAUUGCCUUAGGGAGCCUUAAGGAACAUAAGCAUGACUUACAAGCAUUGGUGACUAGCAAAUUUUAUGUUGAAUCAAGAUAUGCAAAAGAUAAGAAAGUAAAGACAGUGGUGAAAAUCAUUCUUGACAAUCAAUUUUGGAAUGAUUGUCAUGUAAUUGUGCAUAUUAUGCCACCAUUGAUUCAUUUAUUACGCAUUGUUGAUUCUGAUGAAAAACCAGCUAUGGGAUAUGUAUAUGAUGCCAUGUAUAGAACAAUUGAUGGAAUUAAAAAAAAAAAAUUCAAGGACAAGAAGAGACUAUGGGAGCGUUAUGUUAAUAUUAUCAAGGAUCAUUGGGAUACUCAAUUCUAUAGAGACAUUCACGCUACUGCUUAUUGGUUGAAUCCUGCAUUCCAAUAUAACUCAUCCACUCUUAAUAAGAGGCUAAAGACACAAUCUGCUGUGACAGAUGUUAUUGAAUAA